CCUUCUGCACUGGUUCGGUAACCAAGCGAUGGCCAUGGUGAGCGGGGGCUGGGGAGAUCCCAACGGGGGCACCAACGGGCUGGGGGACAAGAGCUACCUGAGGGGGGACGAGGAGGACGGCUCACCCCAGGCGGGGGGCAGCGACAUGGAAGCCGGCGAUGAUGACAAGGCUUGCGUGGUGGACUGUGUGGUGUGCGGGGACAAGUCCAGCGGGAAACACUAUGGUGUCUUCACGUGCGAGGGCUGCAAGAGCUUCUUCAAGAGGAGCGUCAGACGGAACCUCAGCUACACAUGCAGGUCUAACAGAGAGUGUCAGAUUGACCAGCACCACAGGAACCAGUGCCAGUAUUGUCGACUGAAGAAAUGCUUCCGUGUUGGCAUGCGCAAAGAAGCAGUUCAACGCGGUCGCAUCCCACCACAGCCGAGCCUCAGCCCCUCCAUCACGCCCAUAGGUGGCGCCAGCGGCCUUGGAGGCGAGUUCUACAAUAACAACAACAACGGAGGAAGUGGUGGAGGUCAGCCAGUGUCCGAGCUCAUUUCCCAGCUGCUGCGAGCCGAACCGUACCCCAGCAGUCGCUUUGGACACCAGUACAACCAACAGGCCGGUCCGGAUAAUGCCAUGGGGAUCGAUAAUAUCUGCGAGCUGGCUGCCAGGCUACUUUUCAGCACUGUGGAGUGGGCCAGAAGCAUCCCUUAUUUCCCUGAGCUGCCUGUGUCAGACCAGGUGGCCCUGCUGAGGCUGAGCUGGAGUGAGCUGUUCAUCCUAAACGCGGCCCAGUCGGCCCUGCCGCUCCACAUGGCCCCCCUGCUGGCCGCAGCUGGCUUCCACUCCUCACCCAUGUCCGCCGAGCGUGUGGUGUCCUUCAUGGACCAGGUGAGGGUGUUCCAGGACCAGGUCGACAAACUGACGAGGCUGCAGGUGGACUCAGCGGAGUACAGCUGUCUGAAGGCCAUCGCACUCUUCUCACCAGACGCCUGUGGUCUAACAGACCCAGUCCAUGUGGAGUCUCUGCAGGAGAAGGCUCAGGUGGCCCUGACGGAGUAUGAGAGGAUGCAGUACCCAAGUCAGCCUCAGCGCUUUGGACGCCUGCUCCUGCGCCUGCCCGCCCUGCGCGCCGUUCCCGCCAACCUCAUCUCGCAGCUCUUCUUCAUGCGCCUGGUAGGAAAGACACCCAUUGAGACGCUGAUCCGUGACAUGCAGCUCUCCGGAAGCUCAAUCAGCUGGCCGUAUGUCCCAGGACAGUAGCCCCCCUGACGGACGAGGUCUCCGUCUGGUAUUAGUGACGACAAGGACCCACAGGAAACCUCUUGACUCAUCACUUUCCAUCUGUGUGGUUAUGAAACUGCAGUGCCAGCUGGCCGUCAUAUGUACUGUACUGUAACCACUCUAUUCCCCCUCAUGAAAUGAGCCCUCUGUCUCCACGCGGGUCAACAGAGAAGAGAGGAGCCGGUGCCAGGAUGGAUCUGUCUUGUUGCCAGCCCACUCGGUUCUGGUGCCAGGUCUCAGGCCAGAGACCAGCUCCUCAUGCUGGGCUCCGAUAUGGCCACCACAGCCAGUCAUGUCACCACCCACAUGCCAUAGUGGCUAAAGACGCCACAGUUUCAUGUAGAGGGCAGCAGCACCCUGCUACAAAUACAUCUAGAGGACAAAUCUGUCCCGCCAAUGAAAGUCAGCAGAGCAGUUUUUCCCACACUGGGCUCAUUUUUCAUGGCUCACCAUUUGUGAUACAGCGAUCUUUAUAUCCACACACGUGAUGACAUUAUAAAACAGUAUCAUGAUGAUAAUAAACAAUCUGAAGCAUGAGGAAGCUGUGGAAGUGCAGUGGACUGAAUAUAAGACACAAUACAGGCCUUGCUGUCAGAGAUAACAUUCUGAAUUCACCGCUUCGAACUUUGCUCAACACUGAGGAGGAAGCAAAGGAACUGAUCAAAUGGAACAGAAAGCAAAAUAAAACCAAGGAAAAAUCACCAAAGUCUAUCAUAUCAUCCUUAAGAGAUGGUUUUUAAAUAGAAUAAUUAGCAGACGAAGCAGAGGGAGAGAUGAACGGACUCUUGUGGCCACCAGGUGAACGAUGCAUUUACAUUCAUCCACAGGGCUCACUGUUGCUGCAGUUGAAGAAGAAAGAGAAGAGAACGGACUAAUACCUCACUAGACAUCAGAAUGCUUUAGUCUGAUAUUUCCUAAACACAAACCUCUGUAAAUGUUGUUCACCAGAAACCGCCUUCUUUUUGACAACUGCCUUGUUAUUCAAUAUGAAUUUGGGACAGCGACAUGAAAUAUGAAAUGAGUCUUCUGAGCAUUGCAAACAUUCGUCUUGUAUCUUUUUGGGAACAGAUCCCCCCUCCAAAGUGAUUUUGUUCACUUGUGUUUUUCAAUAUGAGUUUUGACUGACUGAAUAUGGUGAAUUCAGCUACUAAGCAUUUGAAACUUUGUUUGGAUUGAGCUUUUCUUUAUUGUUGAGGAAUGGCUGGCUGACCUCAACUGUGGUUCUAGCAGAACAAGCAAUCCAAGACAAUAAGAAUUAUCUCAAUAAACAAGUUGGUGAUGAGAGUUAAAAUCCAAUACCGCCAGUUAAAUUACAGUUUACGUCGAUCAGUGCUGUUUUUUGGGAGUGAUGAUCCCUUGAUGUAUUGAGUUGUGUAUAUAUAUAUUGAGGCCAAUUUCGUCUUUUUGCAUGUUCAAAUGUUGUUUUGGAUCUCUGCUAAGUUUCAUUCUUUUACAUUAUGUAAUUCAAGGUUCAUUUAAACAUUGAAAUAUUGCUUUCACUGUUAGCUCCUAAAUGUUUUUUUCUAUAUGUAUUUACAUGAAAAUACCUCUUUCAUCUGUUCAGAUGUCAAAAAAGAAAGCUUACCUUCAUGCCAUUGCAGCUGAUAUGACACAGAUGCUCGUGCUCUCAUCUCUAAGAGUGUGAGAUGAUACUGUAAUGGGUGAAAAUCUGGUGGAAAAACUGCACCUGGGGGAUAUUCAAUGCCAAAACAAACAGUAUCUUUGACAAGUUUAAAGAAGAUGGGCCCUGAUUUGCUGGUCCACCAGGAUUUACCUCACAAGUGUAUUUCAAGAGGCGAGUUUACAAAAGUCAAAAAGAAAUGACAGCAUUUAGUCUUGAAAACAUGUAGAGGGUGUAACUCUGCUUCUUGAUCUACCACCGGGCCAUCUGAAAGUUGUUCGGAUAUUUUUCUCUUAGGCAACAACUCACACGAUCAUGUCAUUGAUGGAAAAAAAAAGAUAAAUAUACUAUUAAUGUUUUCUUAUCUUUGUGUUACUGAGUUUUUAAAGUUUCAUGUGUAUGGCAACGUUAUUAAAAGAAUCAAAGGAU